GGCAGCGAGGAUGGGCAGCCGCAAACCCGUGCGGCUCCAGAGGAGAAGGGUGCCAAAUUAUGGCGCUUUCCGCUCUCCUGCCCGAGCCCGGCCGCUGGCUUCCCGGACAGCAGAGGGACCGGGUCCGAGAGGGUCUCCUCUGAGCACAAUCCCGCCGUGCGGGUGGGGCACGUCUCCCGUCACACCCUCACCAGGCCCUGCCCGAGCCGCCUGCUGGUCUCCGCGCUUCGGAGCCCCUGGCCCGGCCGAUACCCUCCUUCCCCACCGGCCUCGGCGCCUCGGGGCGGGUCCCUGCCGCCCGCACCUGCCCUCGUGGGCGGAGCGCGGCGGCGGCGACGCGGCCCCAGCCCCUGCCACCGGCCGCGCGAGUCUCACGGCUCCUCCGCACUCCCGCCCCCUCUGCAGCCGGCGCACCUCCACCCCGCGGUGCCCGCCCGUCCUCUGCGCGCCGUCCGUCCGUCCCUCCGCCCGCUGCGAGCCGCGACGCCUCGCACUUCUGAGUCGAGUCCGCGCUGCGCUCGUCGCCGCCGCCGGGAUCCGCCGCCCGCGCCAUGGAGCCGGCCGCGGGCAGCGAGCGCCGCAGCUCCCCGGGCCCCGCCGUCCCGGCGCCGCCCCGGGGCCACGCGCCCUCGGCGGCCGCCGCCCCCAGCCCGGGCCCGCUGAGCUCCUCGGCGCGCGAGCAGCCGCAGCCCGCGGAGGAGCGGCAGCUGCGGAUCAGCGAGAGCGGCCAGUUCGGCGACGGGCUGGAGGAUCGAGGCUUACUAGAAAGCAGCACUCGACUAAAACCUCAUGAAGCCCAGAACUACAGGAAGAAGGCAUUGUGGGUCUCCUGGUUCUCCAUUAUUGUCACCCUGGCCCUGGCUGUGGCUGCCUUUAGUGAGUAUCCUGAAUCUGGACGAUCAAUACGGGCCGCUGUUGUCUGCUUUACUCUCAUUCCUGUGGGAUGUGCUUUUGCUUUUAGUUGA